UGAGGAAAACCCUGCCUGGCCUACACAGCUCUUUGGGGCGACAUCGCCGCGAACAACGGCCUCUUUUGAAAGUUGGUCCUAAAACAGCUUAGGUGGAGAAAAGCAGGGCUAGAAUUGGAACCCAAAGCCCAGAAUGGCAAGAGAGGAUGUGGGGGCUCCACCCGAUCAUCUCUGGGUUCACCAAGAAGGUAUCUACCGAGACGAAUAUCAGCGCACAUGGGUAGCUGUGGUGGAAGAGGAGUCAAGUUUCCUAAAGGCUCGAGUCCAGCAAGUUCAGGUUCCCUUAGGUGAUGCAACUAAGCCAAGUCACCUACUUACUUCCCAACUACCUCUCAUGUGGCAACUCUACCCAGAGGAGCGCUACAUGGAUAACAACUCUCGAUUGUGGCAGAUUCAGCAUCAUUUAAUGGUCAGGGGAGUACAGGAACUACUGCUUAAGCUUUUGCCUGAUGAAUAACAUGGUGCUGGAAUUCUAGGAAGAUAUGCUCCUCUGUUCUAUUCAUUAUAUGUCAGUCACAUCAUUCACCACUACAGUGCUCCCACCCUUGGCACUGGGUGGGGAAGAAGUAGUUUGAAAAACUACAGAUGUUUAGGAAGGGUCAUG